AGCCCGAAGCUCAGCGCCGUCACAGACACAGACGUCGACCCCCUUUGCAUCUGGAAGUCGCUCCGAGAGAGACAUGCCGCGACCUGGACGUGCCACAGUCCGCCCGCCAUAAUCCCGGGAUCCGAUUUCUCCUUAUCCACUCCUCCACCACCCGCCGAGAGCCAAAAAAAAGGAAGAAGAAAGGGGUCUCCGCCUCUGCCGUUUGGCUGAAACAGCCCCCAGAGAAGAGCCCGGGCAAGAGCGGAGGCACCGGCAGAGCGAGAGAGGGAGAGAGAGGAAGAGGAGCAGCGGCGGCUGGGCAGACACAGCAGCAGCCAGCAAGAUCCAGUGGAAUGGACCUGACUGAUCGCUGUAUAAACCCACAGGCGCCUCUAGCAGCGAAGUGCGAGGAAGAGGGCUAAGGGAGCCGCCGGCACUGACAGGCACGAGCCAGAGACUCCAGAGAAUGAACGGGGAUGUUCUCUAGCUGAAAUCCACUGCACUUUGUUUCUGUUCCUCUGUCACACAACGUGGUGGGCACAGCCUGUGCCGAGCGACAGCAAGUCCUGGCGGAGGCGGAGGAGGAGGGGUUAGGGUGAGACAGCAGGGGCUCCCGGGAGGCAGCCGUGAGAGACGGCACAUGGCCGUGCAGCGGCUGGUGGCGGCAGCAGUGGCGGUGGCCCUGCUGUCCCUGGUGCUCAACAACCUGGCAGCCUUCACGUCCAGCUGGGUACUCCAGGCGCUGGAGGACGGGCGCAAGCGCAGCGUGGGACUCUGGAAGAUGUGCCCCGUGGGUGAGCGGGGACGUGACACGGCAGCGUUGGGCCGCUCCGGGCCGGUUAUGCAUCGCAGCUGUGAGACGCUGGGCUGGGGCUCUGAGUUCUCGGGCUACAAGGAGUCACGGGCCACCGUCAAACUGCAGUUCGACAUGAUGCGGGCCUGCAACCUGAUGGCCACGGUGGCACUGACUGCCGGUCAGCUCAUCUUCCUUCUGGGCCUGGUGGAGCUGCCCUUCAUCACCCAGGACUCCCAGUGGUGGGAGGAGGCCAUCGCCGCGCUAUUCCAGCUGGCCAGUUUCUCCCUGGUCAUUGGGUUAGUGACGUUCUACCGCAUCGGGCCAUACACCCAGCUCUCCUACUCCUGCUACGUGAACAUCGCAGCCUGCUUGCUGGCCACGCUAGCCGCCGCCAUGCUCAUCUGGAACAUCCUCAAUCGGCGUGACGACUGCCUCACGCCGGGCGUCAUCGUCAUCAGCCGCUCGCUGGCGGCGCCCUUCCGCCCCCGCCUCGACAACGAUUACGUGGAGUCGCCCUGCUGAGCCAGACCCCCGUCGGUCCCUCUCCAGGAUCUCACCGGACACCAUGGACUAACUGGGACACUGCCGGCAGUGUGAUUCUCUCUUAUCUAAACAGAUCACAUAUAAACUUGGCUUAUUCUAAGCCGUGAGCGUAAAAGACAAUCGAAAUGCUUUUCGCUGUUGCACCAUAACAUCUGUUUCAGCUGCAGUGGCAAACCAGCAGCUCAUGGACCGAGCAGGAUGUUAGUGUAACCCACCUGCGCUGUGAGGACAGUGCAUGCGUCUGCUGCACCAGGGAUGCUUGCAGAACACUGUCCCCACGAAAGCACGCCGAAAUGGAGCUUUAUAUAAACAAAACGUAGUGCUGUAUUCAAGAAAAACGAAGAUUAAUAUUCUAGGAAGAUGACUAAUGAUGCUAGCUAGAUUUCAUUAAAAUAUUAAAUUAAAUGAAAAUACGCAUAGAGGGGUCUGGUACACUGCUGCACAAUAUUUUUUUGGCCACACAAUGAAACUGACAACAAAGGGUGACCCAGAACAUGGUGCUGUGUUUAAAUUAUCUUUGAUCAUUGCUGACCAGACAAACUCUUCCCUCAACCUGUCAUGUCGAGAUAAGAUCAAGCUGGAUCUUGACGCCUUACACGUACUCUAUGUGCACUUAUUUCAUUAGGAAUAUUAAUAUUAUUAUGUAUAUAAAAAAGUACUGACUUCAAGGCUAAAAUUAGCAUACACACAAGAAUGAGCUACUUCCCGGCAGCAGUUAUUUUUGGUACCAGAAUCAGAUCAACAUAAACUCUUUCGAAAUAGCCAGCCUCUAUGCGCUGUGGUUAAUAUUUCCCAUAAACUGGCCCAGAAAAUGGGUGGCAUGGUGGUGCAGUGGUUAGCACUGUUGCCUCACACCUCUGGGACCUGGGUUUGAGUCUCCGCCUGGGUUACAUGUGUGUGGAGUUUGCAUGUUCUUCCCAUGUUGUCGUGGGGUUUCCUCCGGGUACUCCGGUUUCCCCCCACAGUCCAAAGACAUGCUGAGGCUAAUUAGACUUGCUAAAUUGCCCGUAGGAGUGUAUGUGUGAGUGACUGGUGUGUGAGUGUGCCCUGUGAUGAGCUGGCCCCCCAUCCUAGGUUGUUCCCUGCCUCGUGCCCAUUGCUUCCGGGAUAGGCUCUGGACCCCCUGUGACGCAGCAGGAUAAGCGGUUUGGAAAAUGGAUGGAUGGCCCAGAAAAUCAGAACGGAGUUAAUCUGGUUGAAGAAAUAUCUAAAGCAACAACAAACAGCAGUACUUACUUAAAAAGGAUAUAUUUCUAUUGAUAAUCUGCUCGCUUGUGGUACAUAUACUUAAUUUGAUAUUGGAUAUUAAUUAUGUUGCUAUUAUAUCAUACUGCUUUUUGCUGCUGAAGUUCUGUGUCAUGUGGUGUUCAGUUUAAAGGUGAAAUUAAAUUUUUAAAAGAAAUAAAUAUAAUAAAUAUAUAUUAUAUAUUUGAAAAAA